CAACAACACGUCUGCUGUGUCUCUCUUCCCUUCUUUUCUUCCCCAUCCUCUCACUUCAUCACUUCCCUACUUGCCUUGUCCCCCUUUGCGUCGAGGAAUUACAUUCGUUACCUCCUUUUUUCAUCCCUCCAAAAUACUUUGGAGUUGGGGAAGAACCUACGCCCCUCGCCACAUUAACACAACAACGUCAACAUCAACAACGUAUUUGUUUGUUUGUUUUAAGCACGGGGCUUUGCCUCCCUGCUACCCAAGUUGUUGCUAUAGCUGCACGCGGCUACCCAAAACCGUCAUUCGUUUAAACAGCCCCUCCCUUUCCCUUCUACCCCCGUGCGUGCGUGCGUGCGUGCGUGCGUGCGUGCGUGCGUGCGUGCCCCAAGCCGCGAAACGCACGCCGAAAGUCGCUCAAGCUUGUGAACUGGGUGAUUGAGUGGGAAUAGCUCUUUUUCCUCCUCCCGUCCAGCUCCCGCCCCCACUCCUCUUUCACCCUCGUCUUCAUCCUCAUCUUCAUCCUCAACCCCGACCAUCCCCGUCCGCCAUCCCCUCCGCCAAACACAUACAUACCAAGUCAACCUCUACUCCCCUUCUCCCAAUCCUUCUCUUUCUCUUUGUCGUCGGCCAUUUUACAUCAUCAAAAACGCAAGAGAGAAAAGUCACCAUGGACCCUUCAUCGCCGGCCAAAAGACGCGCCCUCGCGCCCCUGGACGCGAACGUGAACGCGAUGUCGCCCACCAAAUUGCACAAGCACAGCAGGGUCCCCGGGUCGCCUCUCAAGAGUCCCGUCAAGACGCCAUUGGGUCUCAAGAGGCCCCUUGCUGCCGUCGUGUUUGACGAGAACACUGUCGCCAAGAAGAAGCAGUGCCAGGAGCCUGCCAUCACCGUCGCUGCACCCGCUUCGGUGUCUGCUAUACCUCCUACGACUACGAAACCUGUUCCUGCAGUGGCGUCCAAAGGCGCAAUCGCGUCUGCGUCCACGUCCACGUCCGCACCCUCUCCCGCAGCGUCCGCACAAACCGAGAUCGACACGGAACCCGACGCGCAGGAGGGUCAGAGCGAGCAACGGCAACAACAAGGCGAAGAGCAGAAACUGGACGGCGAACAACAAGAACAACGACAGCCCGAAAAGAUCCAGGUCACCGGCGAGCAACAUCAACAACAGCAGACGUUGAGGAAUCGUUCCGCAUCCCCCGACACGUCGUCCUCCGUCUUCGAUCAUUCCGCUAUGGACACGUCGCAGGAGAACACGACCAUGCUCACUGAGCCCGAUGCUGAGCAAACUGUCAGGGCCUUGCCCCCGCCGACGUCAAGGAGGUUGUUAACACGCGAGGAGGCGCGACAGAAGGCUCGGAUCCUCAAGCUGAAGCUCGGCCUCGCAAACUACAAGCUUCGGACAGGUCAGGAGAACGUGCCCCUCGACAGGUUGGAGGUGAAGCCGCGCCCAGGGCAACAGCAGGAGAUGACCCGUGAUAGGGCGUUGCCGAGGGUCAUGGUGCAGCCGCCAUCCAGCCGCGACGGGCCUCCAGGGAAAGACACCGAUGAAACGAGGAACACCGAGCAUCGUGAGAGGGGACCGGAACCUCUGACCGGGGCGGACAAGACAGCGGAGCAGACCGAGUCUGGGGGGGCGGUGCUGCCGCGUCUGAUGACGACCGGGACGAGAGCUGCCGAGCAGGGCGAGGGCGAGCCGACGAGUGCUGUUAGCGGCGGUAUCGCGACCAGUCUCCUUAGUUUGGCAAGGGGUUCGUCUUCGUCGUCAUCAUAACGCGUUGGAAGGAGACGGGAUCCAAGUGGUCAUUUUGCCUCGCAUUGCAUCAAACGCGACGUCUUCGCGUCGUUGUCGUCGUCGUUGUCGUCGCCUGAGGUCCCUUGCGGGAGAUUUGCAUCGCCAUCGUGUCAUUACAGCAUACGGGUCGUGGGCCUGAAAUCUUCGUCAACAAUUAUGGGUUGGGGAUCAGGGAUAUUUGUUGGGUCGGGAAAUGUCACGAGAUAUCAUGCCAAACUCGCGUCAUGCUGGAAAGGAGGAAAGAGAUGGGAGGGUAAGGAGGGAGGGGGCUGCGGAGUGGCUUAUUUGUGUUUUGAGGUAACUGCAGGGACAGCACGUCUUGUGUCAGAGUUACCGGGCUUCAUCAGCCAGACGGUCUCGUUUUAUUGUCCCGUGUUGGGAGCUACGACUACAGCAUGAGGGAACGGCGUUAUGGGGAGCUUUGGGAGCCGGAGCCGACAAGGCCUGGGCGAAGCUCAACAAAAAAGAUACACACGGCGGUAAUCUUGAUUUCCAGUCUUCUGUUUUCGUAUUGCACACGAGGGCUAGGUGAGAACCCACGCACGGGCCGGCUCGGUGACGAAGGUGUAUAUGGCAUGUAGGUGUCUGGGUAUGUGUUGGCGGGAGUGACUCCAUAUGAAAGCUGACAGGAUGGAGAGGCAAAACGGACACCGGGACGCGGGCGGUGGUAUGGGGGUGAGGCGACGGGAUUGGAGUUGCCCAGCGUGUGGGGGCCCGCGCCGACAGACGUCCGGUCCCGGGAUCUGCGUCGUCCGGCCUGUGUCUCUUGAAACAAAUGUAUGCUCGACUGAGGGCCUCGUCGUCCGCCUAUACACACCUAUGGCGUAAAAUUCGGACCUCUGUCGUCUAUCCACGAGAGUUUCUGAGGGGAGGCCCCCUGGAGUUGUAAGAGGGUUAUUGUGACGAAACAAAGUUUCUAUCUCCCAGCUUGCGAUAUAUCUAAUGGCGCAUGCAAUAUUGGAGACGGUU